AUGAACACUUUCUUCGCUCUUGUUGUUAUCGCAGCAUUUUUCUCCCAGGUCAUCGCGACCACUAUCCUAGCGGUUCGUGCCAGUGAGGCGGCCGAGACCUGCGAACCCAGCUCCUCAUUCACUCCUCUCUACCGAGCGUAUUCGGCCUCGGCGAUAGACCACUUCUACACCACAUCUGCUUCAGAGCUGAACACCGCCGUCUCCAGCCUCGGAUACACCUUCGAAGGCGUCACCGGCAACGUCCUCGUCUCCCAGUCCACCAUCACCGCUUCUGAGCCGCUGUAUCGCCUCUAUAGUGGUAGCGCGACAGACCAUUUCUAUACCACCUCUGCAGCGGAGCUCAGUACCGCGGUCGGUAGUAAUGGGUAUACUUUUGAAGGGGUGCCUGGGUGGAUAUAUCCGAGUCAGGUGUGCGGGAGUAUACCGCUUUUUAGGACGUACGAUGCGCAGGGGACGGAUCAUUUUUAUACGACGAGCCAGGCGGAGUAUGAGAGUGUUGUGGCGGGUGGUUUUGCGGACGAAGGUGUUGUGGGGUAUGUCUUGCCUGCUUGAUAUUUCUGUGGUCAUUUGCGGAGCUUCUAUUGAUCCAAACUUUACUGCCUCGCCUCAGACUUCAAUCUCUCGACCUUGCUACGCUUUUGGUGCUAUGGACGCAUGCUUCAAUAGCAAUUGCUCUGUCGGUGUUCAAUAUGUUGACUUAUAAACCGUCUAUC